AUGCUCUUUUCUUUACCAGCGUUUGUUACUAUCCUCACUUUGAGCUUUAGUGCGCAAGCAGCCCCUAUUGAGAUCAUCAAACGUCAAGCAGCGUGCUUUUUACCAGGAAGAGCCGCACUCCCGGCGGAGGUAUCAAAUGGAAUUCCUGCCUUGGUUAGGACAGUUACCUGUACUGGGGGAACCUCGGUCCCUGGCGUUCCAAACGUCUCGUCUGGUGGAAUCGAUUUCAAGUCUAUCGAUUUCCAGAAGAGCAGUAAGAGCCCACUAGGAUUUGCUCUUGCUACAUUCACUACCCCUGCGGAUCCAGCUAAAGCCGAUCUUAGGAAAUUACAGAAUCAGUUGGAUGUAUAUCUUGCCGUUGAAGCUGGUGUGCGCAGCAAUGGAGGAGGUGCCAUUCUAAAUCAAGUGAAAUCCGCCAAAUUCUUCAUUCAGUUCCAGAUUGCACGCGUAAAAACGGCUCUCGGACAGCAACUCAGCGUAGCAAAUACAGUGGAGCAUCAACUUGGAAAGGUCAUCAAGAACGCUGGCCGCGCUACUGCUGCCGAAAUUGCUCAGGUCAACGCACUGGCAAAAGUAUUGUAG